AUGAAACCCGCUGCUUCCGGCCUGCAUAUCUGUAUAUAUCAGGUUUGGUUUGGUUUGGACGUGGAGAUUAUCAUGUCAGCUAUUAUAGCAAGAACGGGUAGACACCGGCAACGUUAUGAAGACAAUCUUCGACUUGUUUCUGGUUCAUACGGCAGGUGUAUUCCUUACCGGCUGGCAAAAUAUAAUGAAAAUUGGAGCAGUGGUUUAGAAUACAGAAUAGAAGUUCUAAUGAUAUCUUCUCCAAAGCGCGAUGAUCUUGUGUUUCCAAAGGGUGGAUGGGAGGAUGAUGAGACUGUUGAAGAAGCUGCAUGUCGUGAAGCAUUAGAGGAAGCAGGAGUGAGAGGAAUUCUUAAAGAAAAUCCGCUUGGGAUGUGGGAGUUCAGAAGCAAGAGCAAGCAAGACAUGUGUAGUCUGGAAGGAGGCUGUAGGGGAUACAUGUUUGCGUUGGAGGUUACUGAAGAGCUUGAUGUUUGGCCAGAGCAGGGGGACCGUGAUAGAAAAUGGCUAGUCAUAAAAGAGGCAUUCAAACUCUGUCGCUAUGAGUGGAUGCGUAGAGCACUGGAGGAGUUUCUUAGAAUAAUGGCCAUGGCUGAAGAUGGGAAACAUGAGAUGAGGGAAGAGGCAAUGGAGCCGCAUCCUGUUCCAGAUUCAGAUUGUCAAAUAAUGUCAACUAGCUGUUAUGUGAACUCUUCGGGUGCCCAACUCCACAAUGUUAGUCCUAUGAGUCAGUCGUUUGGGAUUAUGCUUCCCGGCAUACUAUUUUGA